AUGAGUGACGAAGAAAGAUCCAUAAAAGAUUCCCUCCCUCGCAAGCGAUCCAAGGUCUCGAGGGCUUGCGACGCUUGUCGACGUAAGAAAAUCCGUUGUGAUGCCGAGUUUCUGCAAACGCUCCAGAAAGUGACGAAAAUAUGCACCAAUUGUGUGAAAAACGCUGACACAUGUACUUUCUCCAGAGUUCCUUUGAAACGUGGGCCCUCCAAGGGCUACAUUCGGGAUUUGGUUGACAAAAUGGACGACCAGUCCUCGGGUUACCCCAACACACACCAUACCUCAGUGUUGAAACUCGAGGGAAGACCUCGACUGAAAUCCGUUGAUACUUCCAGGCCCGAGUCCAUAGCUCCUACAAUCCCAACAGGCUCGCCUCCCAAUUCCGAACAACGCUCAGGAUCCGUCUCCUCCGUGUCGUCGACCCUGCUGGUCCCCACAAAGCCGCUUUUGCACCGCCUGACAUUUUCCAACGGAAACUCCUCAUCUUCGCCCAUCAUUCUCCCGCUACUCCUCGGUCCACAGCCCUCCAAGCAACCGGUCAAACUUUCAGUACCGGUGCAAAAGGUGCCUUCUGGAAAUUCAGUUCCACUAAGCCCCCAUGGCAGUGCCCCCUUGGAGUCGAAGGACCAGAAGAUAAGAGGGCCCUUGUGGACGGUUCCAUAUGAAAUGCCAAAUGCUAACUCCCACGGCCUGGAUAAUUCCUCCACCAACCUGCGAAACGGUCUGGCAUCCAACCUGCGGCGAUCUUCCGUUGACUCCAUCAGCUCAAUCCUGACGGCUGGCUCCAGAUCUAGGUUCGCCUCGCUUAAAUCAACGGGUAAUUCGGAUAUGGCAAUUUCGGACUCUGAUGAUGACUAUUAUUCCUCAAGAUCAAGAGCUUACUCUGCCAGUCUAUCACCCAGGAAUUCUGUUUCCUCAAUGCUGUCGUUGAAUGGCAAGUUGAAUAGACUGCUUGACCUCAACAGCAGCCACCCCAACCACCCACCACCUUUACAACACACAAAUUCAGGAUCUCCUCCAUUUCAUUUAAGCAAUAAUGGGCACCACGGACACGCAGAAGUGCAGUCCAAUUUACCCUUCCAUUCCUUGGAGCACAACAUCAACUUGUACUACACCAAGUACCACGCAAAUUUUUCCGUUCUUCCGUUCUCCCAACAGCUCAUUGUCAGAAUAACGCAUUCUUUGCUUAAUGAUCCAUCCACUCACACAUCCAUGGUUGUCGAACUCUUCAACACUGCCCUCAACAACUUGAUAUAUUACCAACAUGUUCCAUUAAGCAGUCUGAUUGCAUUACUCAGAAAUAUAAUGUCGAUCUACCCAUUCAACCACAAUGGUAUUUUGGUGAACGAUGAUCUUCUCAUUGUGUUUUUCUCAACAUUGGUGCUGGUCAAUUACACUAUUCUAAUCAAUGGUGAUGUCUAUUCCUUGGGUAUUGCAAUGACAGCUUCAGUUUUCAAUGAUUUCAAACUCCUCGAGAACUUUGCCUCUCUCGUGAGGGAUCCCAACAGCUCUCGUCUUAACCCAGAUGAUGUUCAGUUGUAUUUGCCCAGACUCUACAUGUGUUUGUACAUGAUUGAUAACACUUACAGCCUCAGUUUCGGCUCUCUGCUGACACUUCCAAACAACUAUGGAUUGUUUAUGCAAAACAUAGCUAUGUUGAUGCCAAAAGAGCUUACUCAGCUGCCAUUCUAUUAUAAUGUGCAAGCCUCUGUGGUGAUCAAUGAUUUGGUGAGCCUGAGAGCCGAGUCGGUUUUAUCCACCAUCCCCAAACCUAGAUAUAAGGAGUCAUGGUCUGUGAAGACUUCACCAACGAAUCCAACAAAUUCAAUGGUGCCAAAUUUUGCCUCCCUUUUUGUGUCCUUAAUUAAGGACAAAUACGAGCUUUACGAUAAUUUACUAGAAGUGAUGAGAUUUUUUGAGACCCAUCCGCCGGCGGCUGGCCCCAACCACGGGGACGAUAGUAUACAUGAGACACUUUACGACUUCCAACUCAAGAUCAGUCGUCUUCUCAAAAAGCUCACUCAAUCACUUUUAAACUUUGACAACUACAUUUCUACGAUUUAUUCGAACAACAAGUCAAUGUCCAGUGCUGCAGAUCUUAUUGGUCCCUUUUUUAACCUCAGUUAUGGUCAAUCUUUCAAGCUCAUAAAAGCUUGCAAACUUCUCGUUGAUCCGUUGAUGAGAUACGCUACUGACAGUGAACUUUACACAAGGUCUGUGAAAAUCAUGAGUGACCUCUCAAUCGCAUACAACUUGUUGGUGAGUAAUGUGAACAAUAACCUUAAUGCUAUCACAAACGCCAGAAAUACUUUGAGCAAUUCCAACAAGUUCAAUAGUUUGAGUCCCUCCUCGUCUACUGAACCACUCAAUGUCAGUGGAUUGGGCCUGACUUCGAUAACACUUAUCCUUAGCAAGAUUGAUCAUCAUAAUCUUCAAUUCAACAAUGUUCCUGGUCCACCAACAGCAGACUCGUCAAAUUCCAAAGCUGGAAACUUUGGUGCUUGGAGACGUGAAGUGUCCGAGACAAUCUCUUCCUUCAUUCUCAGGGAAGAUUUGGAUGGUUGGUUCUGA